AUGGAGAAGCAGCGAGUUUUGCGAUGGUUUGACGUGCAAUCUGUGCCUGGUGAUUACAGCUUUCCGCUGGAGGAUCGACCAGGACGGCUUCCCAUUCCUUUUUGCGACACAGUCCCUGUGAUCAACCAUGGAGUAUCUAAAGAUGUGGCGAGGGAAAUGAGUACCGUGUUUAAGGAAUUUUUCAACAUGUCUGCAGAGAACAAGAAGGGUUCUAGUGCAUCUGAUGGAGAUUUAAGCCGGCCGGGCUGGAUCUAUAUGGACAGCUCUGAUUUUGCAAAAGAUGGUAUUAAUCUAAUGUUAAACUUUCUUGUCACCCUGGCCCUGGAUGAAUGCAUGCAAAGUUGGCCUCCAAGACUAACCCGGUAUAGAGAGGUGGUUGCAACAUACGUAGUAGAAAUGAGGACACUAAGUGGAAGAAUUCUAGAGCUGAUAUGUGAAGGAUUGGGGCUGGAAGCUGGGUACUUGGAAGAGUUGAGCAAAGUUCAAUUGGUGGUGGGCAACUAUUAUCCACCGUGCCCGGACCCGAGCUUGACCUUGGGAGUUGGGACUGCUAAAGCAUUGUGA